AUGACAAACGUGCAAAUAUUGGCUCUAAUUUUAAGCCAAAAUAAAGCAGAUACAAUUAAAUGUGUUGAUCUUAUACUAAAAGCAGUCCCUUGUGAAGGGUUUUUGCUAAGUCAAGGUGUAACACCAAGCCAAGAGUGUUGUGUUAUACUUCAAGAUUUGAGUAGAGAUGCUGCUGCCUGCCAACCAAAUCGUCAAGCUAUGUGCCAAUGUUUCAAAGCUGCUACGCUAACUUUCCCUAUAGAUAUUCAGAAAGCUCAGAGACUUCCUCAGCUUUGCAACUUCACUAGCACUAUUCCCAUUGAUCCUAACGUUUAUUGUUCCAAGUAA